CUUUCUCUUUUCUCGGGACGAAAAACAGCAAGCGGAGCGGCAGGCAGGAUGGAGGUGCAGGAGGAGUGCGCCGUGGUUUUGCCGGAGGGGCACGAGGUGGUCGUGCAGACGUACGAGGAAGACGAGGUUCCUGAUCCAGCUCAGGAUGAGUGGGCGGACAUUCGACCGAACGAUCGGGAUGGAGAGAAGGUGUUUAUACUUCGGACGAAGUAUUUUAUGCUGACGUACAGCAAGAGUCAGAUCAUGGAUGUGUCUGAGUUUGAGAAGCGUUUUCGCGAAACACUCCGGAGGUGUUACACCAGCAAGCCUGAUGCGCAGCUGGAAGACUUUGGGGUACAGUAUUUCGGCUCUAGGGAGCUGCACGCCAGCGGGCGUCCCCAUUACCAUGUUGUGGUAGCUUUAGGUAAGCCCCCUCACUGGAGGGAUCCUUGGGAGAAGUUGCGGCUGUUGGCCAUGACAGAGGAUGGCCUUGGACCAGACACUCGGUCUGUCCGUCUUAGCGUGAUGCGCAAGGAGCAGAACUUGGAGUUCUUCCUGAACAAGACCCAGGCGUACGUGAGGAAGGAGUCGUGGGACUUCGUUUUCGGUCGGGAGAUCGAGGCUGUGGGUGACAGGGCGGUAGCCAAGAGGAAGCGCGAAGAGCUGUGCAUAGCUGCCAUCAAAGCCGAGACGGCUGAGGAGGUGCACGAGAUCCUGGCGGAGGGGGAUCCGGUGAACUAUGUCUGGAGACACACGCAGGCGUGCGCGCUUGCCAACAGGAAGAGGCGACGAUUUCUGCCCCCGGUUGGACCGGUCUUUCACUUUGACCCCGUCUACAUUCCGCAGGCCAUGCUGGAGUGGAAGGCGAAAUGGAUUGACCAGCCUUACGGUGCGGCGGAGAGGCCCCAAGCCUUGGUCCUGACAGGGCCCACUAGGACUGGCAAGACCGCAUGGGCGGAGUCCUUUGGUAAUCCCCUCAUUGUGAACACUAACUUUCGUCUAGACGAUUGGCGGGAAGACUGCACGCACAUUGUGCUCAAUGACGUAGUCCUGGCGGAUUUCAAGUACACGCGCGAGAUGCUUGGCUGUCAGCGGUGGUUUAACGGGACGGAUAAGUUCAAACCUACUGUUCGUCUGGCAUUGGGCAAGCCAGUUAUUUGGACCUGCAAUGAGGAUAACAAUCCCUUGCGCAAGAAGGUCUGGCGUAAGUAUGCGGAGGAUUCGGUGGUGCAAGUAAAGGUUACGUGUAGUUUAUUUAAAAAGGCAAUGAAAUGAGG